ACACCUCUCUUGCUACUCUCUGCUUCUCUCUUUCUCUCUAUAAGUUUUUAUAUAUAAAAUCCCCCUCUCCCUUUCAAUCCCUCUCACCUUUUUCCCUCCUUAUCUCCCUAUUGUACUUUAGUAGCAGAGAGAGAGAGAGAGAGAGAGAGAGAGAGAGGAGUACUAGCUUGUUGAGUUUUACGUAGAGAUCGUGAUGUCGAGCCGCGGGAGGAGCAGGAUCACCGACGACGAGAUCAAUGAGCUCAUCUCGAAGCUCCAGUCGCUUCUCCCCGAGUCCCGUCGUAGGAACAUUGACAGGGCAUCGGCUUCGAAGCUACUAAAGGAGACAUGCAGCUACAUAAAGAGCUUGCACCGCGAGGUGGACGACCUCAGCGACCGCCUUUCUGGCCUAAUGGCGACGAUGGACGACAACAGCCCGCAAGCGGAGAUCAUUCGGAGCCUUCUUAGAUCCUAAAAAGUCGAGUUUAAUAAUGUUUUAAGUUAUAGCUGCUUGUUUGUUUUCUUUCUUUUUUCCAGUGCUAGGCUACUAGCUUAUAAGCUACCAUGUUCGAGGGGCUUGUUUAGGAGAAUGACUAUAUAAAUAUGGUUUUAAGUGUACUAGCGUAAAAUAUAAUUAAUGUGUAUUAUCUAGGCCGCUGAGUACUUUUUCAGCAGGUCGAUUCUCUA